AUGUCCCACGCUCGUGUUUCAGAUGAAGCUCUCCUAACAUUAGGAGAGAAGCCCACCCAUGUCCUUAACCAAAGUAAUGCUGAAGCUCUCCUUGCUGGAGAGAUCGCCAAAGUUUCGCCUUCGCCAAUGUGGGAUGAAGCUCCCCUUCCAAAAAGGAGAGACCGUAGAGAGGCUCCCCAGGCCGAGAGGCUCGAAUGGCCAUGGGGUGACAUGAAGUUAAUGGGUCAUGGGAUCAUUUUUGAGUCAAAUGGGUUAAAGUUAGCUUGGGUGGAUUUGGGCCAUAGGCCGGACCUCGGCCGGAGACAGGUCUCGGCCGCCUCCGGAAGCACUUCCCUACAGUUGAAUCCUGGGAAAGACGAGAUCGUCGGCGGAACAAUUUCUAGAACGUAUAGCGAAGAUUUGCAGGAAGAGUUGCCACGGGUGACAAGGAGUAUUAUGAUCAAGAGGCCGGCGGGAUGCCCUUCGCCGGCUAGCGGGACACCGCCAGCAUCACCUGCAGGAUCGACUCCUCCACUAUCUCCGUUUUCCGGUGGAAAGGAAUGGAACCGGUUUCGGAGGAAAUCAUCCUCUGAUGCAUACGAGCGAGCUUGUGGUGGAGGAAGGUUGGCAAAGAGUCCCAGUUCUCCUUAUGAGGUGUGAGCUCUGCUGAGCUCUCAGUCGACCCAACACCAACUCGAUAGAGAUGGAAAGAUGGAGUACAAGAGCAGCGAGUGAAUUGUAGGUAGACUGAAAUGAUGAAAAUGGAGGAUUUCUUCUUCCUCUAGCUCAGGUUUAUCAUAUCCGGUGUAUUUGGGCGUGUAAUAUUUGUUGGGAUGUGUGUAUGUCUAUCCGUUAAAUGUAUAUGAAAAGCCAAUUUGGUUGUUUUCUUCUGUUACUGAGUGCUGAGCUGUGUAGGGAGGGGUUAGGUUGGCACUGGGAGCGUCACCAUGUCCUCUGUUUUGUUUGAUCUUUAUAUAAUAAUUGUGGGUGGAGUUGCUUUU